GCUAAUGCAAUGUCACGACCAAUUCUUUGGAUAGAUGCAUGGCACAAUUUGAAAACACUCCAAUUGGACGUGUGGCUUGAUGCAACAGUGGUGAACUUUUAUCUUUCAAAAGUCUGGUAUGAUGGGCUCGCCCGAUCCAGGAUGAGAUAUCUGGACAUGGACGACCUGGUGAGAACAAAAUACAAUCUACUACAUGAUCUGAUGGUUCGCAAUGCAGACAUAUCUGGCAGGAGGCACCAUGAUGAAGAAUAUCAUCCGACUCCACCUCCGCAUGAGGCAAGACAGACAUCAGUGGUGUGUGAAAGCGCACAAGUACACGAGAUUGGGCACACCAUGGAAGAGAUUGCAUGUGAGUUUAUCUAUAGAUUGCAUCACUAUAAUCAUUACAUCUCCUGUAAUACUGGAUGUCCUGUGGUUCCUGUCGGAUUCAUAGUAAACAAUGGUGUCCAAUUCCUCGCUGUAGUAUUCGACUUCCAGAGGCGCAAGGCACAUGUCCUGGGCUGCCAUACGUCAGAUGAUGAAAUGAAUGUUGAUGGAGAAGAUCCGCACGACUGGCAAACAUGGAAUGGGCCAGAGUACUGGGAUAGAGCUGCGACACUGCAUGGGUGGGAUUCAGGAGAUCUCGACGACAUUCAGGUACUGUCUUAUGAUUGGGGGCUAAGUGGAAUAGACCGCAGCGCCACUGCAUGCUCAGUGAUGGAACAGACUAUGAUCUGUGGAAUGGGAGAGGAUGGAGCACUACCAGUGGAUGUGUCAGAAAUUCCAUGUGGCCACACGUUGCGCAUCAAAAUCUUGCGUGUAGUCGCAGGUCAUAUCAAGGACAGCUACAUCGACUACAUGAUGCUGCGAGAGAGCCCCCCAUUGUGUUGGCAAGAUGAUACACCACCAGAAGAGGAGGACAUGGAUGCAGUACGCACUGGGAAGUAUCAUGCGGAAUGUAACUCGAUGCUCCGAACACUUGCUGUUGUCAGUGCGACAUGCAUGACAUGCAAACGACCUCCAGUGCUGAAUGAAAAUCCUGCUGUUCAUCUACCCAUCCAUAGGGAUCCCGAUAUCAGCACCGAAGAUAACGAUGUGGAGGACAUGGACACCCAUGAUGAUGAAGACUUGGAGCUUGCUACCAAGGAGAUUUCUAUGGCACGCGACCGUAACAGCGUAGUGCCACGUGCAUUGGGAACUCAUAUUCCAGUAGAGCCAGAGCAGUCUGCCGAGGCAUGUGGACAAGACGAUUCCCAGCGGUCAUCUGCUGCAAAAGCAUCUCGAAAACGUGUCUCCAACUGGAAUCUUGGCAGUAUUAAACGAUUUCCUCGUCCUACUGCACCACCUGCAAUGGCCGCAUACAAAGGCAGGCGAUGGCUUCCAGAUAACAGAACAUUUGAUGACUAUGAAGGCGGACCAACAAUAGAGAUGCUGAGGCCCCCCAGCAAUGUCCACCCUACCAUGAUAUAUCAUUCAGCUCGAAUGGAGCUUUCUGCAGCCUGGGCGACCUGGGUCGACCAUGGGUACAGGAUCAAGCCAAGCACAUUUCAAAUGUUCUACCAGUGUCGACCUCUUGACACAAUGGAACACAUCAUGCCUAUUGGAACAUUGGAUUCAUAUGACUCAUCAAUGCAGGUACCUGACCGAGUGACAGGCGCAUAUUCCCUAGACAGGACAGGGGCUCACAAGGGCAGCAGUGGUGUAAGAAUCAGUGAUGUUGUCAUAUUAUCUGCUUCAGAUAUGAUCAAAUCAGCUGAACAGUAUGAUCCACCUCUGCAGGAACAAUGCAGAUAUGGCCAUGAUCUGUUUGUGCGUGGGUGUACCAGUGGGUCAGACGGUGAUGAAAGGCCGAUAUAUGUGGAUCUUGAGCUGGAUGCAAUUAGAUUUGAUGAAGAUGAUAUAUCGAUCUCAGUGGAUAUCGACAGCAUUAUCUGGAUGACGAAGACAUUGAGAUUGCGUGGGACCAUCGGAGUCUACAUGACACCUCCAUUUCAUUCCAAGCCUGGGAUCUCGAAGCACAAUCAUGCGUAUCUGGACCUCCUUAUUCCGCAGUCAGAAGAGGAUGCACAUGAACCAGGAGGCAGGGCGGAAUGGCUGUCUCUACGAGUUAAAAUGGAUUCCAUCCCGCAUCUAUGCAUCGGGCGCAUCUCAUCUGCGGCUUCCACCCUUAAUGUGUACAUUUUCUUCCCCCGCCUCAAGCAUGAUGAUGCCAUCAGUGGCAAAAAAGUGACUAUAAUACCUAAUGAAGUCGAAGACAUCUUUUGGGACCGAGUGUUGCUGCCAUCCAUCGGUGAUUGUGCCGACAUUAGCUGGCAGGCAUACAUGAAACAAUCACUCCAGGAGGCCAGAUACAAGAAUAAGGGUGGAUCUGGAACGACAGGUGGAAAGGGGACUCAAAAGAUAAUUCCAUUGUCGAAUGAUGACUUUCUGGAGGUGCAGGUACGAAUGCAUGAUCGAAUAAAGGACGGCCACAUGGAGCUGAGCAUGUUUGGGUCGUGCUUCUUCGUGCUGGAGGGGAAGGGGAUCAAGCUUAUCACCAAGGAUGGCCAGAGGGGGCGAUUUCAGGGACCUGAAGACGCCCUGCUUCACAACCUACCUGACCUGGAUUGGCACCACAUGAUGGACAGGACACAUGGAGAAUUACUGCUUGAUGUUGGGGUGUCGUUUACACCACGCUCAUCAGAUGUUCCUGUGGUAGGACUUUGGAGAUUGGAUGCAUUGGAGGCCUCCUUCGGAGCAGGGGGGUAUAACAAAGGCCAGCUGCAUCACCACAACACCCUCUCACGAUAUGGUGCGCUACAGGCCGAGAUGCAGCGGGAGAGAUGUCAGCAGACCCAUGUAGCAUUCCGGAGCGCAUACAACCUAUACUACGAAGCAGUCAGAACCACCAACAACCAGGUCAGCUUUGCAAUGGACAGCGACGCCUACAAGACAUCAUCAAAUUACAUGACCGAAUGCUUCAAUAUUGCAAGAGUGUUGACCGGUUCCAAGGGCAAAACCUAUGGCGUGCGAGAUGAAUACAGGACAAGUGGGAAGGCUGCCAGACUCAUUCUUGAGAGUGUAAUGUCUAAGGUAAGCGACCCUCGCUCAAGAAUUAUGUUGCAAUCCGAUCCAGUGCUAUGGAUCCCAUCUGAGGUGUGGUUUGGAUUCCUGGCAAGACGGGUGCGUGAGGUUCAAAGGACACAGAUCGCCAUAGUGAGGAGACACCCGCCAAACCUUGGUAUCCUCACAAGCAUCCUCAAUUACAUGCUGCGCUCCACAACCUCCACCCCAAUCGUGUUUGACUCUCAUCUACGCGAAUCCCUGGCUCUACUGGAGUAUAGAAAUGUUCUGGAGACUGCAGGAAUGUUCUUCUUGCAGGAAUUCGAUCUCACCAAUGAUACCUGCCUUUAUGAUGUCCAACAGCAGGAUGAUAUUACGGUGCUGGCUCUCAUGGGUGCAAAUACAAAGGUGCAGAGAGCUAGAACAGCAGCGAGGCUAGAGAUUUCAAGAGCAGAUGCAGAAUUGGAGUCUGAGGAGUUUCCUCUUGGUCGGAGGCCUUCGUGGGCUCGACUAAAGUCAGCCAUAGCCAGCUCUCCAGCAAACAUUAUGAAGCCUUGGGUGUGGCUUUCCAGACUCUCGCACGCACAACUGUCUGUGGGACGACUAUUUGUGAUGUGCACCAGGCACCUGUGGCUCAUGCUCAAAGAUGAGAUCUUCCAGGGAAUCAGGCCAUGCCCAGCAUCACUACAGGAAGCCAUGAAAUGCUGGACGAUAACAAGCAUCACCGACACCCUGGCUGCUGUGACCUUCGAUGCAUGCAAUAUUGGACUCCAGGACCAUACAGGUGUGACCCCUGGACGUAUGGGCCCAAGGUCUAAAUCAUUUGCACACCGGUUGUCCAUCUUUUUCCCAAGUCAUGAAUCGCUCAAGAAGGGAGGCUCUCAGUGGUCUUCAUUAUGGACUGGAGAAGGAUACAUCGCAGAGUUUCAUAGGUUGUUGAAAGGCAUGGACGACGAUGAGAAGACCCUCUUGCAAGAUGGACUUGAAGAUAUAUUUUCCAACCUUCACUGUCUUCCUGCAAGCACCACUGCAGCUGUAUGGCGUGUCAAACAAUCAGCCAUAGUCUUCGUCACUAAUCCCGCAUUCUACAAAAUUGAAUGCUUAGGGAGAGCUGGUGAAAGUCGAAGAGGACCUGUUGUGCGCCGCCCAGUCAAUGUAAUCAAGGGAAAGCGCAUUUUCACAGCGGACCUAAUGGAUGUCAUGCCUUUCGAUGCCCUUGGAGCUCUUAGAAAGCGGUCUGACAGGCAGAAACGCAGGGACCUUCAUAAAAAACUAACCAAGGCAAACAAGCACAAGAGGGUCCCACCUCCCCCACGUUCCCGCACACGGAGUAGACCAUUUCCUCUGUCUAGCCCCAAACCUGUAUGUGAUGAUACAAUGGAUGUAGAUGACUAG